UUUCUCCUUCCGAUACCCGAGAAGCCAUUUCGCAGAAACGUAUACGUAGACGAGAAUGCAUUACAGCCAGGAAGUGCAACAGUGGAAUGGGGAUGGGGAGAAGUAGAAUUUGCAGAUCGACUAGCAGAUCGAAUAAGAAGUGUGCAGGAUAAAAGAGAUGAAGAUCGAGCCGAGUUGAUCUCCACAAUAUUUCAAGAGAUCGGUUUGACUCCGUACAAACAACAUUAUACCUUCCACACACCUUCACGCUCAAUUUCUGGAAUCAAUUCGUAUGCAAGAUGGUCAUCUGCUCGUGGAGACGGAAGGGAAGCUUUCAUCAUCGCCGUCCCAUGGAAAAACUCAAAAGACGGAUCUCUCUCUGCCUAUCAAAAGAAGAAAAUUAGAAGGACAAAUGUUCGUGGUAUUGCAACGGCAUUGACUAUCGCAAAAUUUCUCUCGGGAUAUCGACAUUGGAGUAAAGAUUUGAUAUUUGUGAUUGCAGAUGAUGAAUUGCACGGAAUGCAAGCCUUUACAAGUCAAUACUUCGGACGUCAUCAGAAUAACCUGGAUUGCGAAGAAUUGCAAACGCGUGGUGCUUUGGUCUGGAAUGCUUUAUCGAUAGAUUACCCAAGUGAUAGCUUCUCUGGGAUCAUACUGAAACACGAAGGACUGAAUGGGCAAUUGCCCAACCUAGACGUUAUCAGUACAUUGACCAAUGUCAUGUAUCGAGCAGACGGCCUGCCUGUCGAACUUAAUGACGCAACAGAAGAUGAUUGGGAAGAACGUCCGUGGGGUGAGGUCGGUGACUUACUGGAAAAGCACCUUCUCCAGAGUGGAGAUGGCACACGCAAAUACCUUAGCGGACUAUGGAAUAUGUUCGGUCAAAUUAGCAGAUUGACGAUUGGCAGACCGACUGGAGUGCAUGGUCUGUUUCACAGAUAUCAUGUGGACGCUAUCACAAUCUUUGCUAGCCCUGCCCAAGGCCCAUACGGUUUCUGGCAUAUGGGACGUACGGUCGAAUCAGUCACACGUUCGAUGUCAAAUUUGCUCGAGCGUCUUCACCAUUCCCACUUUUUCUACAUCCUCACAAGUCCUGAACGUUUUAUUGAGGUUACAAAGUAUUUACCUGUAGCAAUUCUGUUCGGUGUAGCUUUGUUGAUUGCUGGUAUUGCACUUUGGGUGGACGAAGGA